AAGAGCUGUUCGACGAGCCUCGUGCACAGCAGAACGAGCUCCCGCCAUCGUGACGUCAUUCGUGUAGUGUAGUGCGUCAAGCAGUAAUGUGCCGUGAAGAGUAUAGAAUAAUAUUGCAGCUGUAAUACCUUUGAUUAUUAUAUUGCUAUGGUGUGCUAAUUAUUCGGCGGCAGUGCGACACUAUUGCGACACGGAGUUGUCUUCGUUUUCACGUCCGAAGGCAUCGAGUUUGUCCAUCCAUUUUGCUGAAAUUCAAGAAAGUUGAGCUUCAGAAUGGAAAAUCUAUUCGGAUCGACUCAAUGAAGACCGGAGGUGGCCAAGACGAUGGUUAGAGAGACUCGCCACCUUUGGGUUGGGAAUUUGCCGGAUAAUAUCCGAGAAGAUAGAAUUAGGGAACACUUUAAAAGGUAUGGUCGCGUCCAGAGCGUCAAACUGUUGUCCCCGCGAUCCGGGGCCAACUCGUCGUCCCCCGCAGCCGCGGCCGAGGAGGGUGGCGGGGGUCUGUGCGCGGCGGUCGCCUUCAUGGACAUCAAGUCGGCGUCCAAGGCGCACACCGCCGAACACAAGCUGGACGAGCGGUGCCUCACCACCGAGUACUACGAGCCGCCCGCCGCCAUCUUGCACAUCCACGAGCGGGACGAUGGCCUGCUGAGGGGCUCCGCGCCCAGCGGAGUCUCCGGGGGCUCCAGCUCGGCGGGGGUGACCAGCGGCAGUAACUACCAGCCCCGUUCGCCACGCUAUCCGUUGGGGCUGCCAGUGGAGGAUUCAUUUGAGCGCGCAUCUAGUCAUUUUUAUCGGGUUCCUGGUAGCGGGGGUGGAACCCCCGACUCCGAGUACCUGAGAAGAUCCUACCACGCUGACGGACUGAGAGGUAGAACUCGGGACAGGCCUUACAGAAACGGAACCUACCCAACACACAACGAAAGUGGAACCCGCAGCUCUCAUCCCCAACAACACAGAGGGAGCAGCGGCGGUGGCAGUAGCUCGUGGAAUUACGACGGCGGCGGUGGAGCACGGUACGCCACCCCGCCGGACCCCAAUUUCCCCGAGGAAGGACCCACGAGACCCGCUGCGCCUUCUUCACCCGUUCAAUCCACCCCUCCUGGUGCCACCACUCCAUCCUCCCACAUCAAUUCUACCUCUGGCCGUGGCAGCAAGGGCAAACGCUCAAAGCACAAACGUCUUUCGAAGCCCAAAAUACUUGCGCUAGGCAGUGGUUCCGACUCGGACGCCCACAGCAGUGGCCGAGGCUCCCGUUCCCGAUCCUCGAGUCGCUCCAGCUGUAGCUCAAGUCACUCGAACGGAUCCUCCUCCUCAAGCUCGGAUUCAUCUCGGUCCCCCAGUUCCAGCAAGUCUUGUUCUCCUGGUAGCCGGUCACACCCUAGGUUCCUACAGUCUUCGGUCUCACACCACAACAGUGUCUCUUCACAUUCGUCCACUUACGCAGACGACCGCCGGCCACUGGCCAUCUGCGUGAGGAACUUACCAUCUAGGUCUAGUGAUACUAGUUUAAAAGACGGUUUAUACCAUGAGUACAAGAAGCAUGGGAAAGUGACGUGGGUCAAGGUUGUUGGCCAGGGCGGUGACCGUUACGCUUUGGUGUGUUUCAAAAAGCCUGAGGAUGUAGAGAAGGCGUUAGAGGUGUCUCAAGACAAGCAAUUUUUUGGAUGCAAAAUCGACGUGGCGCCUUACGAGGGGUUUGAUGUGGAUGACAAUGACUUCCGACCGUAUGAGGCAGAGCUCGAUGAGUUUCACCCAAAGGCCACGAGGACAUUGUUUAUCGGCAACUUGGAGAAGGACAUCACCGCAUCAGAAAUACGGAAGCACUUUGACCAAUUUGGUGAAAUUAUCGAGAUUGAUGUGAAGAAACAAGGCGCCGCUGCAUCCUACGCCUUUUGCCAGUAUGCUGACAUUGGUUCUGUUGUAAAGGCAAUUAGGAACAUGGAUGGAGAACACAUCGGCAACAACAGAAUAAAACUGGGCUUUGGAAAGUCAAUGCCCACAAGCUGUGUCUGGGUGGAUGGCAUCUCAGCAGAGACAGUGUCCGAAAAGUACCUGAAUAUGCAGUUCCAACAAUACGGCCAAAUUGCUAACAUAGCAUUGGAUAGAGAUAGGGGACAUGCCUUGGUGUUCUUUGAUCAGCUCACUUGUGCUCAAAUGGCCGUUAAGGAUAUGCGAGGGACACCGCUGAGGGGGCGAAAGUUGCAAGUCGACUUUGCCUCAAGAGAAUGCCAAGAAGCGUUCUACAGCCACUUGGAGAAACAAGGUGGCUCAGCGGAUAGACCUUGGGACAGGAGAUCGUCCAAUGCGUCUGAACCUGUAAUAUUCGAGCCAAGAGAAGUCAGUGUGGCCAGGCCAAGUCGAUACGAGAACAGCACGACACCUAGCACCAGACCUACCCCUAGGGGACAACACAGGGGAACAACUCCUGCCAAUCCCGCAACAUCUUCACGUUCAUCAUCAAGUAGAAGCGGUAGAUCUCAAAGUGGACGAUAUGAGAUUUACGAUGAAUUGCGAUUCAGGAAUGCUGAAGGAGCCCUUCCACCCGCGGGCCAUGAUGACAGUUAUGAACAAGAACUGCGGGACUAUGGCUACUCUCAACGCGAGAGACGUGAUUUUGAUGGUGAUCCAAGUCAAAACGCUUCCCCGUCCGCGUUUGAGGAAGAGCCGGGCUCAACGGCGAUGGGCUCGAUCGCGGCGCGAAGAAGCAGCCGGCAGAAGAGCACUGCUAGUGAACCCGCAGACCCCAGUCAGUCUCCACCAGCUAGACAAACUAGUCCGCCGUGUCGAGGAGACAAAGGCGGUCGAUACGUCAGCAGCAGGAUGCACUCGCUGUCGCCGAGCCCUAUUAGAGACCACUCGCCCGACAAAGAGGCGGGCAGUGAGAAAGACUCUGUCAGUGGUAGUGUUAAUAAAUCAUGUGAUCUCAGAGACCCUAGAAUUGAAGAUAGGUUAAAAGCAACAACAAGUGGUAAUAUUAGUGAGCUAGAAAGAACUACACGUGGCGGCAGGUACAAUGACAAAAGCAGUGAUUCGCUGGCGCUGCCACCGCCGAGUGCGCCAGAAAGUGAGAUGAAACACCUUCAGAAGGAGAGAGUGCACAUUCAGCAGUUGCUGGAGCAGCUCAGCGGGCCUGGCGGCGCCGCCGCCGAGUCGCACAGCUCCGGGGACGAGAGCAGCGCCGUGUCCAAGCGUCUAAAGAUCGGCAAACCAUUGGACAUGAUGGAAAAGCUGCGCAAGGUGGCCGCCGAACCCAGAAGACUGUCAGACUUGAAGGGGCGGAGGAUUUCCUCAGAGGGCUUCUACAAGGAGCACCACAGUCACGGCCCGCACUACAAUAUUCCAAAACGACGUAAGACUGAGAGUUCCUCUGAGAACGACUUCGGCGGCCACCACCACCACCACCACCAUCACCACCACCACCACCGAGACUCGUCAGACAGCAGCAGGCCUGGCACGCCUCUCUGCGACGAGCGACCGGUCGACCCACGCAAGCCGCGCGAUCGCCACCUCGAGGUCAUGAGUUUGCCGCUGCCGAGGUUUGCACAGCAGGUGCUGUCGUCGCGCACCUCAAGCACUGGUAAGGUGGUCUACACCAUCAAGUCACCGCCGCCGGCUUCUAUCCACCCAAACAAACACCGAGACUCGACCUCAUCAGUCACCUCAACGUCCUCGGCAAAGAUGGUGGAAGAGAGGCGGCCGUCGGCCUCCUCGGACACGCCGGCAGCCACGCUAGGCGAGGUCAGCAGCCCGAGCAUGGUACCGUCGUCGCCUCGGCAGGAUGAGUCUUGCGACUCAGAGGAGGACACGUCCAAAGAUUUGUCCACCUUGGAUGAGCGGAUUCGUAUUCUUGACGAGAAGUACGAAAAAUGGUCUGGCACGAGAACGCUGACGGCAACCACCGCCACGCCGGAGACCCUCCAGAAGAUCGAGGCUGAGAAACUGAAGCUGCGCACCAAGCUGCUUGAUCUACACGAAAUCGGCAGCCAGCCCUCCGACAUUGUCAAGAGCGUGCUAGCCAAGCGGAGUGUCUUCGACGAGGACACAAAACGCUUGGAAAACUAUAACGAGAAAUACGAGCCCAAGGAGUUCUCAGCCACGGCGUCACCCUCGUGGACGGCUAAGAGCCUCUCCUCGUUCCACACGUUGAAGACUGAGCCAAAAGAAGUUAUGUCCUGGAGUGGUUGCGGCGGCAAGCCGACCAACGCGACAGUGCCGAGUCCGGUGACGUCACCAAAGUCCAUCCUGCGGUCUGUGGCGCCACCGGUUACACUACCAGUCGCCAAAGCUGCUACCGUCGUCAAGCCGCUGCCCAAAACGACGACGAUGAGCGUGGCUGCUCCACUAGCCGCGGCGGCCACACCCGCCGCAAGCCUCACCUCUCCGUCGGUGUCGUCGCCCAAGGGGCUUCAGUACCCCUUUCCGAGUCACCCGCCAGCGCCGUCAAGCCCUCCGCCAGCUCAGACAAUGGUGUCAGCUGCCGCCUUGACCACCACCGCGGCCUGCACGUCGUCUACGUCGACGGCCGCCGUUUCCUUGGUGACUGCCUCACAAUUGCUCACGUCCCCACCUGUGAGGAACAGUCUGAUCACUUGCCAGCCCCCUCUCUCCAGCCCAGUACAAUCUGCCAGUCCUGCGGUCAGCAUCGUGGCUACCGAGCUGACGGCUUCGGCCGCGGACUGGUCCUCAAGACUUGAAGUCAGCAGUGGUAAGGACACAGCCGGCAGCAACAACAACAUUCCGCAGAGAUCAUCUCCAAGUAGUACGUACCUGCCAACACCGCCACCUUCUGUGUGUAGUUCGCCCUCAGUUUCCUCUGUCUCAAGCAUAGCGAUGACUUCAGCCAAAAGCAGUCCGCCCCCAUCAUCAGAUGUCAUAUCUAUGUUUGCAGGGAGCCAAGUUUCACCCGACGUGCGCGCAGUGUCUCCACCCCCUCGCGCACCAUCACCACCCGUGCAAUCGACAGCGCCUCAGCCUGUUGUGCCAAUUGCUGUGGAAGCCACCUCGAGUUCUUCGCUACCUGGCCUCGACAAAGAAUCUUCCAUAUCACCUGCUCGAGCCUCUCCUGAAUCUGAUCUGGUCCCAGCUGUCCCUGUUAAACAACAACAAGCCCAGCCUCAGCCGCCCAUCAGUAAACCUGUGCCAAAGAAAGAGAUGUGCAACGCUGUCAGCAAGGAGAGUGCGUCUAAUUCCACGAGCAACAAGUCCAAAAAGGAGUCCUCCUCAAGCAGUUGCUCAUCCUCAAGUAGCAGCACCAGCAGCACGAAAAGUGAUAAGGACAAAGAGCACUCGAGCAGACACAGCAGCAGCAGUAGCAGCAAGAAAGAGCACAUCUCCAAAAAGGAAGGUGGCAGCAGUGCCAACUCCUCAGUGUCCUCAUCUCACAAACACAAGCAUUCAGAACACAAGAAGGAAGCCCAGAGCAAAGAUAAUUUGGAGCGCAAGGACAGUUCUGAGGGAGAGAAGAAAAAGGACAAAAGGGACUCCAGCAAAGAGCCAAAUAAGUCUGUCUCGAUAAAGUCACUCAGCGUACCUGCUGCUGUAGGCAAUAAGAGGCGUGUCAGCUCUCAAGAUAGUUUGGAGAGCAACACCAGCAGCACGCAACGGUCAUCCACAACCAGCAAGGAGGCCUCGCUUGAACCGGAGGGAAAGAAACCGAAAUUGUCACCCUCAGUUGAAAAUAGCAAGCUGGCAAAGAAAAUUUUCGACAGGCGAGAAUCCAAAGACUUGUCCAAAGACUUGUCCAAAGACGUGUCCAAAGACUUGUCUAAAGACGUGUCCAAAGACUUGUCUAAAGACGUGUCCAAAGACUUGUCUAAAGACGUGUCCAAAGACUCAUCCAAAGACUUGUCAAAAGAGGCAUCCAAAAAGCUGGAAGUUAAGAAAGUUGAGGAGAAGAAAGCAGAAAAGAAACACGAGCGCAAGUCUGAGGAAAAGAAGCACGACCAAAAGAGCAGCAGCAGCAGCAGCAGUAGCCGCAGCAGUCAGGACCACCGCUCAAAAGAUCACGAGAAGCUUAAAAAGAAAUCCAGGUCAGAUAAAGAGCCAUCUUUUUCUUCUUCAAAGAAGGAGGAAAAGCCUCAGCAGUCUCCAGUCAAGUCUAAAGAAGAUGAUGAGGAUGAUCCUAAUCAUAAAUACAAACCUAAAAAGGACUCGAAAGACAAAGAGCGGAAACACCACAGCUCUGAGCCGUCCAAAAAGGAAAAGCGGCCGGACAGACCUGAGCGAUCUGACCGAUCGGAAAGAAGCGAUAGGUCUGAAAGGUCCGAAAAACGAAAAGACUAUGAUCCUACAAAAUCGAUGAAAAAGAAGGAAAAGGCAAAGAAAAUUGAAUCAGACAGUGAGACUGAAUUCAGUGAUGGGGGCCGUCCAAAGCAACACUCAAUCUUUGAUAUUGUUGAUGAGGGGCCUGUCUACAUUUCCAUGUAUGACAAGGUGAAGGCCAGGUCCACCAAGAACAUGCAGAAACAGGAGGAGGAAAAGCGACAAAAGAAAAAGAUAAACAAGAAAUUCGAUCAGCUAAAGCAGUCCAGAGCAAAGCGUGAGGAGAAAAAGAGGUCCACGUCGUGGGACGAAGACUCUGACUCUGACUUGGAUCACGAAAAGAAAAAGAAGUCAAUGAUGCUUACGUUUUCAAGCUCUAGUGAAGAUGACAGUGGCAAACCUAAGAAAUCCCCACUCAGUGAUAUCUCCAAUUCUGCAUCUGAAGAUGAGCAGCAGGCAAAGAAAGAGAAACGACGCUCAAGAGGCUCUGACAUCAGUGAUGAUGAUGGUCUAGUCAGGAGCAAGUUCAUUUUAGGCUCCAGGAAGGCUUUCAAGCCCAAAAUUACGUCAGACACGUCCGAUUUUGAGGACAUGCAGCAGCUUCAAAAGACUGCCAGCAAGCCUCUGUGUUCGUUCAACAUUUACACAGAUAGUGAAACUGAAGACGUGAAGCCCAAGAGCCCAUUUAUCAAAGCAAAGUCCAGAGAGAGGUUUGACUCUUCAGCUGACGAAGCUAAAAUUGACCGCAGCAGAAGAAAAAGUUCAGAGCAUGAGAUCCCAGCUAAGCUGCAUAAGAAAAAACAGAAGAAACUUUCGGCGAGCAAGAAGAACUCAAUCAGUACUGAGCGCCUUUCAGAGCUGGACAUCGACCAGGUCGAAGUGCGGUUGGAGCGUCUCGACGAGAGCAGAAUUAAAAUGGAAACUUCUCCUACCCCACUGUCGGAGCACAACAAAAAGCACCAGUCCAAGCGGGAGAGGAAGCGCUCAGGGCACAAAAGCGUGGACAAAAAAGAACAGGUUAAGGACGAUAAGACCAAAAAGAAGAAGCACAAGAAAGAGUCGCUCAUCAAGGACUCCAGCAAGAUGGAGGACAUUUUCGGCCCUCUCUCGGACAACUCUGACGACGAGAUUCAAGCUUAUUCAAAGCCGAACAACAACAACGAACCGGCAAAGAGGCUCACCGUCUCUCAAGUGUUCGCUUCCGAUUCUGACUCCAACAUGGAUGCAGUCGUUCCUCCUCCUCCGCCGCCGCCUCCACCACCACCUCCUCCACAGCCUGCGACUAUCAAGGAAGAGCCCAUGCCGGAGGUUGAGUCUAACAACAUUGAGGAGCGAAGGCACUCUGAGGAGAAGAAGCAAAAGAAAAAGGAGAAAAAGAGCAAAGAUAAGAAGCGUGACAAGCAGAGAGAGGAGUUUAAAAUCAAGACCGAACGCAUUGAUGACUCUUACGAGGAGACAAGCCGCAGUCUUGAGCCCAAGAUUGUUGAAAACUCAAUUGAAGAGGUGAAACCAAAUGAUUCGGACGUGUUCCGAUUCACUGACGACGAGAGUGUGGAGUCGAUUGGGAAAGUCAAAAAGAAGAAGAGGAAGAAGUCCAAAGACGAAAAAUCCAGGCACAGGGACGAGCACAAGUACAAAUCAACUUCCGAGGACAGACCAAAGAGUCCAAAGAAGAAAGAUAGCAUUCCUCCGCAAGAGGCGAGCACCAAGCCCAACAAGCACCUCCCUGAACCUGAUCCAUUCGACGAAGUCUCUUCUCCAACGCAGAGGAAAAAGGCAGACAAAUUUAUUCCUGGCUUUGGAAAAGAGCACAACGAAAGUUUCCACGAUGACGCAAUUAAGAGCAUUCCCAAGUUCGAGCAAGAGCCAAAAGCACCUGAACCUGAAGAGCCUCUGCCCGUCGUUGAGCCGCCGCCGCCGCCGCCUCCUCCCCCUGCUCCACCUGUACCUGAAGAAAGGGAGGAGAAACCUAGAACUGUCAUUUCGCAAGAAGAGACUGAGGAUGCUGUGGCUGCCUUGCUUGGAGAGACCUUUGACUACAGGCGGUUCAGCGACGAAGGCGAGCCUCCCAUAAUUGAGCCAAGUCCACCUAUGCUCACUCAGGAGGAUGUCACGAACGAAGAAUCGCACUCGGAAAUCCAGCAAGCAGUGGAGAGCCUCCAGUGCGUGAUGCCUGGCCAACUGACUCCUCCGUCUGAAAAGGAAAAGUGGAAGUCGCCACCCGAAUCUGCCAAGAAAGACGAGGAGCGGCCCGAGACUCCGCAGUCCGAACACGACCUGCAGAUCGAUGAAGAGGCGCACAGUGAUGACGAGGAUGGCCUCCGCUACCCUGGUCUCAGGUUUGACGAACCUCCGAAGACACCUGACAUUAAUCUGCCUCCGAAAACACCUGAGUUGGCACCCAGAACUCCUGACAUCGACUUUUCCAGGCCGCCUAAGACGCCCGAUUUCCCUGCAGCCUACUACCAGCAGCAGCAGGAGAAAGAGCGGCAAAAGGUGGUGCUGAGCGACUUCAACAGCAAGCUGGCUGCUGAGGAUGACUCGUCCCUCAUGUACCCUGACAUCAACAAGCAGAUCUCUGACUUUGUCAAGUCGAACAUCCUUGAUGAUAAGUCGCAGUCUUCACCUCCAAGGGAGGAAGAACGCGCGUUCAGCAUAGUCACUGAGCAGAAGGAGAAGGACGAUGCUGCUGCAGCUGCUGUGGCAGCGGCAGCCGAGGAGCAGCAGAGGCUGCCUCCAGUCGUGGUUGAAGAGCCACCAAAGACGCCAGAAAAAGAGGCCGCACCAAAGGAGGAAGUGCAGCAAGCCAAACCUGCCGUGGAGCAGCCUCUCAAAGUCACCACACCAAUCGUUAAGAAGGUUGAUGUACCUGUCAUCCGAGAUCUCGCAAGCCAAAUGCUUCCAAAGCCAGACCCACCAAAAGUGGUGGAAACCAAGUCCCCGGUUGUGGAAGAAGCACCUCCUCCUCCACCGCCACCACCACCACCACCUCCCCCAUCAGUACCAGCACCAGCUUCACCAAAACCUGUCAUUGUCAAUGUCAAAGAACCAGUUGUUGAGCGUGAGGUUACUCCAGUUCGCGAUGAACCAAUCAAGGCAGAGGUCACCCCUGAAGAGAUCAAGAGCGAUGGUUCGGAGCUGCUUUCUCCUGACUCCAAAAUGGGUUCGCCUUGUCAGGAUGAAAUCACCACUAGGUCUCGCCGCGGAGGCCGUGGUCGUCGUGGCAGCAGAGGAGGAAUUUCCACUAGAAGAUCGGCUAGAGGGUGUGGUGGUCGAGCCGGAAGAGACGGCAGUGCCGAUGUCAUUGUCACACCCGAGGCCAAGGAGAAGCAGGAGAGCGAAGCGGAAGAACAUUCUGACGAGCAUAAGGAGGAGACCAAGGGCAGGAAGCCGCGCAAGGGAAGGAGGAAGAAGGUGGAAAGCGAGUCUGAAGAUAAGACCAAAACACGCACCACCUCAGAAUGCACCGACAUCUAUGAAUUCCAUGACUCGGAGGACGAUGAGUUCCAGAUCGAAACAAAGAGCGUGUCUGGUCUGUCCCCGAUCAAAGUUGAGGAGAAGCAGCAGCCUGUCGAGCCUCCUCCGCAGGAGGUGCCAACAGCGCCCGCCGUGGUUGAGGAAAAGGUUGAUGACCUGGACGAAAGCCACAGUGACGUGCACUCGGAGCACCUUCCCUCUGAAGGCGAAUCCAAACUACUGCAGCCUCCUCUGUCUAACAUGGCCAACGUGCGAUCUCCACCUGCAACAAGAAAGUCGCGCCGCCUCCUAGAGAAGGAUACCAGCCGCAACACAGUGGACGAUGUAAUCGAGGAGGUGGUCAAGGGCAACUUCAAGCUCGAAGACCUGAUUGAGGAAUGCAGAAGCCCGUUGAAGAAGCAACUACCCCUUGCCAAGUUCAGAGAAGAAGAAGAGAAAAAGGUCGUCAAGGCAAUCAAGGUUGGAUUGGUUAAAGCUGAGGAGGAAGCGGAAAAGGAGGCGGAGGAGAAGCCAGUUGCGUUGUGCACGCCAGUAGUUUUGCCACCCAAAAUUUCGCCACCUCUGCCGACAAAGAUCAUUGAGCCAGUGAAAGUUAACAACGUGGUUCAGCAGACUAGUCUCCUGCAUGUCAAGACAGGAGACAAGCCUGAAGAGCCGACCACCCUCAUCGAUCCUGUCACCGGAGAGCUCAUGCCAAUGCGCGAGUCUGAGGAGGGACAGUACAUCCCGGUCACAUCUUCAGGUGGCGUUCUUGUCAUGAAUUCGGCUGGAGGAUUGCUGCACAGACAGUCACAGCUUGCCAGACUUCCACCUGGUGCCAGAAUAAAUGCCGUGGCAGCUCCUCCAGUGUGUCCACCUCUGAAUGUUCCAAAGCCAGCUGCGGCUCCGUCAAAGACAGUGGUGGCGCCUGCCCCAAAGCCGGUAGUGCCGCAAGCACCACCGCCAUCGGUGCAGCAAGCCCCCACACCUUUGGUCGCAAAAGCCCAGCAACCGCCAACUGCUCCAAGCCCAAUCAGUUCUAUGCCAAGUGUAGUGAUCGCGGCUCCAGUGUCAUCCGCUGCAGUCAGAGCACCACCAAGCACUCCUUCCAGGAUUGUAACUGCUCCAACGCAACAGGCACCGCCUGUUUCUCAAAGCGUCGUCAAAGUCAUGACCUCAGCUCCGCCAGCACCGCCGCCUUCCACUAUCACAGUUGCAAAGGUACAACAGCCUCCAAUGGCUCACCCUCAGACUGCACCCCUCACGCCCAGAGGCUAUCUUCCACCCUCCGAGGGCAGACCAGCCGCGUACCCUCCGUGGCCGCCCACGUCGGCGCCAGUGUCAGUUGUUCAGUCAACGCCUCCACUGCCCCACCCAUCGGUCAUCACGGCCGGGGCGAGGGGUGUCGAAUUGCUGCGGCCGGCUCACAUGGGCCCAGCCAACGCCCCGACGCCGCCCGCUGCCCACCUGACACCUGCCCACUCGAGAAUGGUCACCAUGGCGAGCUCUCCACCAGCCAGGAUGACGGUGACCUCUUCACCUCCGGUGCAGAGGUCCCUGACCAUCACACCGUCCUCGUCACCUGGGCUCUCGCACAGCAAGAUUUCGCCACUGCCGCCAGGUCGACAGCCAGUGGCUAAGCCAAUUCCUUCACAGAUUCCCUUAGCCCACUCAAGCAGCCACCCAACUUCGGUGCUGGAGCCAGUGACAAAACCUAUGCCUGGCACGGUGCCAUACCAUCCUCUACCAGCCCAUUCAGGCGCGCCGCAAUUCUCGCCGAGCUACCGGCAAGCUGAGCCGCUGAAGGUGACCAAGGACAAGAAGCCAGAGUCUAAGGACGAAUUGCCCCUGUCGAUGCUUCCGCCGCGGUUGCGUGUAGCCGCCACCGCCCGCUCCGUCACGCUACCCGGCGCCAGCAGCAUGGCCACUGAGCCACCCAAAGUGGACGUUAGCAUCAGCGGCUGCAUUGUUGCCAACCAGCAGCAGCAGCAACAGGCACCAUCGCCAGCAGCUAGAAGCAGCAGCCGCGAGUCGCCCCUGGCAAGACCACUGCUCGCCCACCCGCAGGUGCUGCAGGCAGGCUUGCCAAUCCCUGCCUACGAGGCGUCGCUGCAACAACACGCCGUCGAGCCGCCGGUCACGGCCAGCGGGGGCUCGGCCUCCACUUAUUACGCGCCUCAGCCGUCCCUGCCCCCGCCCACGCACCACCUGACCUCAGGCCAAGUGAUUGAGCGGGUGAGGAAUAGACCAGCCGCAGGUUCGAGGCCCCUUUCGCCGCCGCCCGCCCACCAACAGGGUGAGGUUCGAGUGCCACCAGAGCACGUGGCCUACGGUGGCAUCGCCCACCACCACCUGAGACCUGGGGCCAGCGCCCCGAGGGACCUGUACCUUGUGCAUCAACACCAAAUGAUUUACCACCAGCAACUGAUGAGGGCUCAGCAGGAGCACAAUGUCAUGCCUCACCACUACCACCACCUACCACCUGGCGCAGUUCGUUCACCGGCCAUUCCAGGGUUGGAGACGCAGAAAGCCGACCAGCCGGAAGCAGGCGGCGAAGCCAUGGGAGUGCACAGUCCACCGCUGGAGCUGCGGCGGCCAGCGAGCCGCGGCACGAGGCACGGCCCAGUGCCGUCGGCGCACCUGCUGUCGCCGCACGACCGCAGCACCGACUCUCCGCAGGUGGCCACCGUUUACGGCGGCCAGCGGCUGAUACACCACCUUGUCGACGAGCGCGGCGUGCUGCCCCCGCGGCCCAUCGCCCUCCCGAGCCACCUCAAUCAGCAAUACUUAAUGUACGAGGAAGAUUAUAACAGACACGAGCCGCCCCCAGCGCACCAUCGCAUGCCUCCAGCAGGGGCUGGCCACACAAGGGUGCACCCCAUCCCCGCUGCCGAGGCUCCGCCGACCGUGUCCACCCUCUCUACUCCUCUCAUGCAGACGAGUCAACCCCACGAACUAUUUGAACGUUAUCCAAUUGUAUGGCAAGGCACGCUGAGCUUGAAGAACGACGUUGCCAACGUGCAAAUGCACUUUGUCCACGGCAGCAAGUUCAUCGCCAAAGACUCUUUGCCGCGGAAUGAGGGCAGCAAUGCCGCCAUACUCAAAAUCGCCCAGAGAAUGAGGCUCGAGACCAGCCAACUCGAAGGCGUCACACGAAAGAUCCAGGCUGACAAGGAGCACUGUGUGCUGCUCGCGCUGCCGUGCGGCGCCAACGAGGACGACAUCAUCGUGCAGACCAGCAGUCUCUAUGGCGGAUUCCAUAACUACCUGACCCAGAAGUCUGCUGCGGGCAUAGUCAAUACACAGAGCCAAGAAAACCCGCAAGCAACUCACUCAUAUGUGGUGCACAUCUUCCCGAGCUGUAAGUACGCCACCGACCAAUUGGGCCUGAUCGCGCCGGACCUGAUGAGCCGCGUCAAGAACAUCUCUCACCUGAUGAUCGUGGUGGCCACCAACACUUAACUCGCUCACAAACACGACAAACACUUGGAACUGUUUGUCACUCGGACCCGUAAGACUCGAUCAAGCGCAGCUAGCUAACGUGGCCGAUGGUAUCCGCGGCUGAUUGUGCUCUCACUAUCUUGCUCACACUCACUCACUAUUGUUCGAUGUUGGUUUUUUGGGUGUUGAGAACACGAGAGAGCGAACGCACGGGUGCCUAGCAUCUCGAGUAUCCAGUCACGUAAACACACACACACACACGCUAAUGCUGAGUGUAAAACAGAAAAGAAGCUUCCAUCACCUCUCUAUCUUUGCGAAGGCAUAAGUUAAUAAUGGUUAUUAUUACAAUAGAGAUAAAGGCAAAAGUAUAAUGAUAAAAAUUGUUAUUCUUCAAAAAGAACACACCGACACUGAAAAGAACACACACACUCACUCACAUGAUAAUAUCCAAUAUUAUUAGGCCUACUCUCGUCAUCAAAGUACUACUACUGCUACUACCACUUUAUUAUGUAACAGACACUGAUGUUAAGGAGCAAGAACUUAUUUUUAUAUGUCUCUUAUAUUUUUUUGGAUUCUCUUUCUGUUGGUUCUCUGCUGUCACACGUGAGUGCAAAGCACAAGAUCAGUGGAUUGAUCAUUUCUGUUCUUUCGUUGACGAUGGUUAUACUCGGGAGUCACACACUGUUGAACGUCAUUUGAUUUACUAAUUUAUUUAUUUAGUACGUAAGAACAUGACUUAAUUAGUUUACUUUUGGAAAACUCGAUGGAUAAUGCAAUGCAAAACUCUGAAGUCCCUGUCUAUCUAUCUCUACGAGAAAAAAUAAUACUAAUUAUGAUAAUAAUCAUAAAUUAUUAUAAUUAUUAAAGAAUGCAUCAAACAUUGUACUACUUAAGGCAAAGAAAAACUAUUACCACUUGUUGUUGCUGUAAAAAAACCCACCUCUUUAAGAAAAGCAAAUUAUAUGGAAAAGCGAAAACACUAAAAAAAUCCCUGUCGCCUAAUUAUUAAUAAGCACUUGUAAAUUUUGUAUAUAGCAUAUAGAUCUAUGAAAGAAAAUAAAUAAUUAAUAAAAUAUAAUUCGCAAUUGA